CUACUUUCAUUCGCUUCUUCUGUGUGUGUACAUACAUAUCAUAUAUAUAUCUCUCUCUAUAAACACACACAGAGAGAGAGAUUCAUUCAUAGAGGGAGAGAGAGAGAUGGGUACCGUGAGUCCAAGCUCAACAGGGGUGAAUGAAGGAGAUGCAAAGACUGAAGAACACAAAGAGCUUGAUGCCGGUGCUCUUUUUGUUCUUAAAUCAAAAGGAUCAUGGAUGCACUGUGGAUACCACUUGACGACGUCAAUUGUUGCUCCUCCACUGUUAAGUCUGCCAUUUGCUUUCACUUUUUUGGGAUGGACGGCGGGAGUUUUAAGCCUCGUAGUCGGAGCUGCCGUCACCUUUUAUUCUUACAACUUGUUAUCUCUGGUUCUUGAACACCAUGCUCAAUUGGGUCAUCGUCAUCUUCGAUUUAGAGACAUGGCAACCCACAUUCUAGGGCGGAGAUGGGGUCGGUAUUAUGUUGGGCCAAUUCAGUUCAUGGUCUGCUACGGUGCUGUUAUUGCUUCCACCCUCUUAGGAGGACAAUGCAUGAAGGCCAUUUACUUAUUAUCACAGCCCCAAGGAGACAUGAAGCUUUAUGAAUUUGUUGUGGUAUUUGGAUGUUUUAUGUUGAUUCUAGCCCAGAUCCCAUCUUUCCACUCCUUGAGACACAUCAACUUCAUUUCACUGCUUCUAUGCCUUGCUUACAGCACCUGCUCAACUGCUGCCUCCAUUUUUAUAGGAAAUUCUUCCAAUGCCCCGCCAAAGGAUUAUACCAUAAAUGGCAAUACUGAAGGUCGUGUUUUUGGGAUAUUCAACGCCAUUGCUAUCAUUGCCACAACAUUUGGAAAUGGAAUCAUUCCAGAAAUUCAGGAGAAAAUUAUCACGUAUGGGCAAUAAAGAUGGAGACUCCACCGAAGGAGCACUAGUAGCUAUACAAAGCAGAAGCAAAAAUCAAGGCAGAAGAAGAGGAGGAAGAAGAAAUCAAGAUGAUCAAGUCACAUGAUCAAGACAAAAUUCAAACAAACACAACAAUAAGCAAGAAAAGGGAUUACAAAACUGCAGAAUAUGUACUCGCAAUAACCACCUAGAACAAGACUGCUGGUAUAAAGGGAAGAACCCGAUCAAGUGUAAUUACUGCAAGAAGGCAGACACGUCAAAAAGGUAUACUAAUGGAAGAAAAAAUAUGAAGGGAACACAGCUGCUUCUUCUACUCAAAGCAGUCUCAACAAGAAGUAAACUAUACCGAAGAAACCGAAAGAGAUGAGCAGAUGUUUAUGGCACUCAGCGAGCAAUCAGAGGAAGUUGACACUCACUAGAUAAUUGACAGUGGUUGUACAAGCCACAUGUGCAAAAACAAAAGAAUAUUUUCUAAUCUUAACAAGGAUACAAAACUCAACAUAACUCUAGGUGAUGGAAACGCAUUAAGAGCAUAAGGAAAAGGAAGCAUUGCAGUAACCACGAGCUAAAGAAAAGAGUCAUACCUGACGUCCUGUAUAUGCCUGGCCUGAGGUAAAAUCUGUUAAGUGUGAGCCAAAUAAUCAGAAGGGGAUACACCGUGGUCUUCAAGGAAAAUUCAUACUCCAUAAAAGACUCACAUGGAUAUAAAAUUGCGAACAUUCCAAUGAUCAACAGAAGCUUCACCUUGAAGCUGCAAGGAGCUGAAGAAAAACUAAGGUGCGCUACUCAAAACGACACCAUUCUAUGGCAUCAAAGAUUUGGACAUGUACAUCUUGAAGCCCUCAAGAAGAUGAACUUAUUAAAAUUGAGUCUAGAUCUCCCUGAAAUCAUAGGAGAAAACUGGAUAUGCCAAAUCUGCCAACUUGGGAAGAUGCACAGACAACCCUUCCCUUCAAAGUCUUCUUGGAGAGCAAAUACCAAGCUUGAAUUGAUCCACAAAGACAUCUGUGGUCUUAUGAGCACAGAGUCACUAAGAAAUAAUAGGUAUUUCAUCCUGUUUAUUGAUGAUCACUCCACAAUGACAUGGAUCUACUUCAUAAAAACAAAGAAUGAAGCUCUGGAAAAAUUCAAGGAGUUCAAAGCUGAAACAGAAGCAGAAAAUGGAAUGAAGCUGAAGUGUUUGAGGUCAGAUAAUGGUCUGGAGUUCACUUCAAUAGAGUUCAAGGA